AUGGAGAGUGUUAACAGGACCGAAGUGAAAGAAUUUUUUCUCUUGGCCUUUUCCAACUUUCAUCGGUUGCAAGACUUGUUUUUCUUUGUAAUCCUCCUGAUGUUCAUUGUAUCGGUCACUGGGAAUUUCGCAAUUAUUCUUCUGGUAAAGUCGGAGCCCUCCCUUCACACCCCCAUGUAUGUUUUCAUAAGCGUAUUUUCAGCAUUGGAGAUUUCCUUUGUGUCUGUCACGAUUCCCAAGCUUCUUGCUAACCUCAUUGCAGCAAACAGAAGUAUAUCUUUCAUUGGUUGCUUUGUCCAGUUGUAUGCGUUUAAUGCUUUGGGAGUGACUGAAUGCUAUCUGCUUUCUGUCAUGGCUGUUGAUCGAGACCUGGCGAUUAACAACCCUCUUAGAUACGAAGCCAUUAUGAGCCAUGCAUGUUGCCUUGUGCUGUCUGUAUUUCCAUGGAUCAUAAGCUUUGUCAUUGCAUUAAUUCCAACAGUCAUUACAGCUAAGCUGGAGUUCUGUGGUCCCAAUGAGAUUGAUCAUUUCUUCUGUGACUUAGCUCCAAUACAAAACCUGGCUUGCUCCGAUCCCUUCAUCAGCAAUAUCAGCACCAGCAUUGCCGCGGUCUUUGCUAGUCUUACCCCAUUUAUCAUUGUCAUUACCUGUUACAGCCAUAUUAUCAUUGCUAUUAUAAAAAUUAAAAACAUAGAAGGCAAACAGAAAGCAUUUUCUACUUGUUCGUCUCAUCUGAUAGUAGCCGGCCUGUUCUUUGGCACAGUUAUCAUAGUGUACAUAAGACCUAAAGGCAGUCAUUAUGAUAAAUUUCUAGCCCUUGUCUAUACGGCUGUAAUUCCUAUGCUCAACCCUUUUAUUUAUUCCUUGAGGAACCAAGAUAUGAAGAAUGCCAUUAGGAAACUUAGUAUACUCAAUGCUCUUUUUACACACAGAGGGAAGAGAUGA